UUAUUGACUUUGCCCUGUCCAGCAAACUGUGAUCGGCCGAUAUUGAAAUGCGUUGACAUUGUCAGUUACAUCAUGUGCCAAUUGAAACAAAAUUGAAGAGUGUCUGUCUGACAAGGUGGAAGGCAGCUGUACUGUUAUGGUGCGUUCAUACCCAAGUGGGAAGGUGGUAUUUACCACAUAACUGGGAAAAUGACUAGUGGGAAACUCAUCUAUCAUCCUUGAGCCCGGAGCUCUCCCACAUACUGACCUCUGAUGUUACCACUAAGGAAAUUAAUUACCGUUUGAAGACAAUUUGUUUACAGGCAUGAUAGCUGUACUUAUAGUUUAUGGUUGACUCAGCUCUUGGCCAAUCGGCAUUUCUCAACGACUUCAAAGCACGUGAUUGUGUUCAACUGGGGGCGGCAGGUAGCCUAAUGGUUAGAGCUGUGGACUAAAUGUUGCUCGUUCAAAUCCCCGAGCUGACAAGGUACAAAUAUGUCGUUCUGCCCCUGAACAAGCCAGUUAACCCACUGUUCAUAGGCUGGCAUUGUAAAUAACAAGUUGUUCUUAACUGACUUGCCUAGUUAAGUAAAGGUAUAAAAAAAACGGAUAUUUACGACUUCCCAACUGAUAAUUACCACGUUCCCACUUCUUUAUCAACGCAGCAUUACAUUGUUAGCUGGCUGGCAAACUAACGUUAGGCAACGGUACUUAUAAUAAUAGCUAGCAUAUUAGUUAGCUCUCCAGCUCGAUAGGGGACUGUCGCAGGCUACUGAGAGCUUGAUUGGUUCGAUAGCUCCGACAAUCGACAGCAGACUGUGCUGUUGCAUCUCUCUCUCUCUCCAAAUAACUGUGUACACUCCUCUGUAAACGUUGACAAUUAGCGCGCAUGCAGACACUGGAACGGGUUUGCUAUGCAUUGCUUCUUGGGUGACACAGCCUGCUCUCAUCCUCUCUCUCUGUGCGAACUUUGUGGUACAGUUUUUUUUUUUAAGUGCACUGUGUGAGCUAGGCAGGAAGGAAAUGCACUGCAGCGUGUAGGACACCAUCUUAGUUCCUUAAAGGGACAGUAGCGCUCGAUCAAAUCCCAACCCUGGGAAUGAGCCAGGUGUACUGCCUAGCGCUAUACUGUACAUGUACCCAGCAUGCUGCGUCUUCUGCCCAGAACUUUCGGUACAGUAGCAAAGGGUCAGAGGGCAAGAGAAGAAUUCAGGCUCAACCAGGGACCGGAAAGGAAAACAUCCUUCAAGCUUCACAAGAUCAUUAGCCUCAUACAGCAUGCCUGUCGAGUCCUAAGGCCAGCGGUGGUGCCAGCUCCCAACCACAACCCAAGAAGGAGUCCCAACCCCAGCAGCCCAAGUUGACCAAGAAGGAACCCAAGACAGAGCCUCAUACCCAGGAGGAAGAAGAAAACAUGCCCUCAGUACACAUCAAACCAGAACCACAGGAGGUGGAGUCCACGCAGGCUGAAGUAGGUGAGGAGUGUCCCCAGCCUACAGACCUGAAGAUCAAGACAGAGAAGACGCAACCUGUGUCGCCCCCUCCACUCUGCACAGACACAGACACAGACACAACAACAGACGACUCCUCCCUCCCCCCGGAGGACCAGACGGAACCUGUCGACCUGUCACUCGGCAAGCCUCGCUCCUCCCUGCCCGCCUCUACGCCGACAGCCAACCCCGUCCCGAGUUCCGUGGCGAUGCCCACGCUGUCGGCAACCCCCAUCCCUACGGUAACCUUUCUAGACACCAUGAUGCUCUCCCCCGGGUCCAUCCUAGCGUCCACCCAGGGGGCAGGCGGUCAGCAGAUCCUGCAUGUCAUCCACACCAUCCCGUCGGUCAACAUGCCCAGUAAGAUGGGCCAGCUGCAGACCAUCCCCGUGGUUGUCCAGUCUCUGCCCGUAGUCUACACCACCAUUCCCACGGACGGGGUGGCCACCGCUGCCAUCACGGUCCCGCUCAUCGGGAGCGACGGGCGCUCGGAGGGAUCCGUGCGUAUCAAGCCUGGCUCGGCGUCUCCAGUGGAGUACCAGAGUGACAGUGAUGUGGAGAGUGGGACAGAGUCGGGUUCAGCUUCCUUCAGUACACCGGGACUGGACACAGGGUGAGUGUCAUAGACUGGAAGGUGGUGGUAUAGGCCUGGACACAGGGUGGUGGUUCUGUAGGGCUCAUCCUCCAGUACACAGGGUGGUGGUUCUGUAGGGCUCAUCCUC